AUGCUUGCGUAUGUUAAGGCAAGAAAACGAGGAAAUAAGUUGCCUGAGGGCAAUAAUCUGAUUUUCCACUUCAAUUAUCAAUCUGGCCGUCACGGCGACGAGUAUCCAGAUCUCAUCCAGCCUGACCUUGUGUUUAGACCUGAGCCCAUACCACUUGCCCAACCGCGGAUAGCUGUCCCCUGUCGUCCCAGAGCCUUGAGGCUUAAAGUUGGGGGAGCAGACGACCCACUCUUCGUACCCAUCCGGCCUGUAUGA